AUGAACCAACCACCGAUCCCCUACCCACAGCCCUUCCCCCAGCAGUUGCCCGCCGCUUCAAAUCCUCCCGGCUAUCAUCCCAUUCACCUCCAACACCAGCAUCAUCAGCACCACCACCAGCACCAGCAGCAACAGCAUCAACAGCAUCAACAGCCUCAGCACAUCGUCCCGCAGCCUGCUCAGUCGAUGUCCUUCUACCCGAACCCCAACCUGUACGCCCAGGAGACCCUCCCGCCCCAGAUCCACCAGCAGCACCAGCCGCAACAACAGCACCAGCACCAGCACCAGCACCAGCAACCACCUCAACCGCAACCUCAGCAGCCUCAGCAGCCUCAGCAGCAGCAGCAACAUCCCUUCCCGCAUGUCGUCGGCGCUGUUCCACCACAUGCCGGCGUGGGUGGAGCCAUGAUGAUGUCCCCGGCGCCGCUACCCCAUCAUGCGUCUGCUAAUCUCCCUCACCACCCAGGUUUCUCCCAGCCCGCGUUCUCCCAUCCGGGGGUGCCCGCUGUAUUAGGCCAGACCUCUUUGCCCCAGACGCCUCACAGCACCAAUGCCCUUAAUAAUGGCACCGCUUCGUUUGUCCAACCUCCGGCAAUGACUACCGCUAGUGCGUCUAGGCCAGUAUUUACAACUCCUACGCGGCCUGCCCACCUCUCCGGCCAGAUGCAGGCCCAAACCCCCACACCCUCCCAUCUGCAGUCCUCUCCCUCUCCCCACCCGCCUCAGCAGACACAAGCAGCACAGGCCGCACAGGCCGCGCAGGCCGCCAUGGCUGCGCGAGAGAAGGCUCGCGUCACGACUCUGCUGGAUAUCAAUUCUGCUCUCCUGCAGGAAGUUGUAAACCUCCAGUCCGCCGGGAAGACAGGAGGCUCGAACCAACCGGCCAAUCCGUCCACUCAGGAACAGUCAGGUGCCCACUCUCCCGCCGACCCAGCGGUCGCGCAGUCUCAAAACUCCGGUCCGCAGGCCGCGAAGCCCGGUGGCAAGUCAACCCAGGAAUACGUCGACUGCAUGCGGCGCUUACAGGCGAAUCUGGCAUACCUCGCCACCAUCGCUGACCGAGCCAAGAAGUCCGGCGUGGCAGCACCUCUGGCACCUGCCAUCAUGACUCCACCACCGAGCAUGCCCGGUCUGAACGCGAUAUAUGCGCAGUUGAAUGAGCUCUUCCCCGAGGCAGCCAAGGCUACGGCGCAGGUACCACCACCGCAGCCACGUCAAAUGCAAGUGCAGAAUGUGCCCCACUUGAUGCCACAGGCAACCCAGCCGAUGCAUGGCCCAGAGGGAAUGGCACCGGGAGGUAUGGGCGUCAUGACUGGAUGAACACAAAAUAGUGCCAUGCAUGCUCCUGUUCUGUCAAGAAUCGUAGUGGCUUUAAAGCAGACAUGUGCCGAAAAGAGCUGCUUCUCCAUCUCUAGUUUGGGAAGUCCGAUAUAUCUGAGAGACCACGGUCCUAGCUUAAACAUCCCUGCAUGGAAAAGAGGGGGGGAAGAGAAGGAGAUAAUUAUCUACCAAUUAAUUAUGGGGGAAAAAGAAAAAAAAAAAAAAUCAAAGUUUGAUAUUGCUGAGAAGAGAUGACGGAAGGCCUAUGUCUGACAGUACAAGCACCAGGUUGCUUGUUUUUGUGUGUUUUGCUCAAUCAGGCAAUUUUCUUUGGACUCUUCUUUCAUCAAGUGGGUCAAAGGUGGUUUGAGUUGCUGAUUGUUUUCCGCCAUGCUUGUUUCAUUACUGAUCACUGUUGGAGCGGAAGCUGGCCCCAUGAGGACGGUAUGAACUUCUGGUUGGGCAGCGGCUAUUUAGCCUGAAACAGCGCCACUGGUCGCGUGUGAGACUGACAUAUAGCCUACACCUCCGAAACGUUGGACCCUAGGCUGUGCGGCAGGGAGGGCAUUGGCCAGGCUGUAGGGUAGCCUGCAAGACCUUGGUGGUCAUGAUUGUGACCAAAGACCGGGGGAAUAGCGAUGAUGCUGGGACGGUAAAGUAAUUAACUACACCGGUUGAUUGCCUUGUGUGUACAUACAUGCACAUAAUCAUAGUACAAAUACCACUACCUAGUUAUCCA